UGAUUACUUGUUUUCACUGACAGGAAAUUUCAGCGCAUUAAAUGUUUUGAAAUCUAAUUAAAUGCAAAUUACUUUUUUAAAAAUUCAGGAGGAGUCUCUGUUAGCAGUCUUCCACUUAAAGGAGAACUAAAAGACUUCCAGAAUCUGGGUGUGUACUAUUGGUUCUCUCUUACUAAGCAGGUGCCUGAGCAUGCGACCUCUUAAACGGCGUCAGUAACUAUUUUCUUUCCCAGUUUUUCAGCAACAGAAAAUCAGUGGAAGAUCAGAAGUGAAAAUGAAAGUUUCCAGGACAAAGAUCAUCGUCCUGCCACGUAGGUUAAAAAGAGAGAGAGAGAGAGAGAGAGUUGGUCGUUCAGGCAAGAGAUCUAAAGAGGUGUGUAGGGUCGAUUCCGCCUAUUCUUUAAAGCGCGAUUAUCUGAAAACUCUGGUCCAGAUUGAGAAAUCAAAAGGAAAGGGGGCAAUGGCGACUAACUUUGGUCUCCGACUGAGAAAACUGCCUGGAUGUCUCCACAUAAAUUUCCAGGAAUCAAACUCCGUUCGAAGGCGACUUUACUUUUUCUUUAGCCUCUGGGCGUGUCUCAGCUUUGUUCUUGGGUCGGCAGAAGCCUUGAAAGUAAGCAUGCCAGCUCAGAAGACAGCAAUCUUGGGUACAAAUGUGACACUUCAGUGUAAAAUCUCUGACUACCCUCCCCCAGAACUGGAUAUCAAAAAAACAAUGUUCAUCUGGUAUUUGGAGACAUCUGAAGGGAAUAAAGUAGAAAAACUUUAUUCAGUUGUUGCUGGAAAACAUUCUUCAAAUAGAAAUGGUUCAAGACUGGAUACAAUUCAAUUAAAAAAUGGAGAUGCUUCCCUUUUUCUUCCACAAAUACAGUUUAAUGAAGAGGGCAAAUAUGUAUGUGUCGUGAUUACUACCACUGUUAGAGCUGAAGGAGCCACCAUUUUAGAUCUAGUUGUUGAACCAACUGUCCAACUGUCUCCCAAGGAACUUGAAAUUGAAAACGGAAAUGUAAAGACACUGACAUGUAGAGUGAAUAAAUUCUAUCCUGAUUCCAUUGUCAUUCUUUGGCAAAAGCAUUCUAAGCACACGUCGGAUAAAGAUAUACUUGCAGAGGACAUUUGCAUGGGAAGAUCUGAGAGAAAUGGUGAUGGCACUUACAACACCACCAGUAUACUGAGAGUUCAACCAUCUUCACAAGACCAAGGAAACGUCUAUAGUUGUAUUGUGCAGCAUAAGUCAUUUUCCAGAUUUCCAGUCUACAAUGUAACUUUAACAGUAACAGAACCUUAUUCGACUACCCCAUUAACAAUUGGGCUGGUUUUCUUUUUUCUGUUUUCUUUUCUUCUAGUUGGAUUGCUGCUGUACAUUCUCUUUUUAAAGAAAUAUGCACCAUCUGUGGAAAUGGUUGGAAGUGAGGAACUGAAGCAUUUGGAAGAAACACAGUUGCAAUGCUUGAUUUCACACUUUCGACCCAAGCCUUUGCAGGUAGACCUCUUCUUAGUGACUGAACCUCAGAAAACAAAACAGAAAAUAGCCUCUUGGCCUCCGACAUCAGUUGAAGAACCUACAGAAGAUGCUGAAAAUUCUCCUCUCCUUGGGAACUUGGAGGACAUGUUUAAAGCUUAUCCAGUGUUGAAAUCAAAACCAAAAAACUAUUAUGACUUCCAGUGGAAAAUCUGCCUGAAUCCAGACGUACAGAAGCUGGAAAAAUUUCAACUUUUAUUAGAAAUUAAACAUGAGGGCUUUCAGCAUGGAUUGUGUACUAAAACGAAAUCAUUUAAAGUCGUAGCCUCACCAGUGCUUCAUGAAAUUCAUUGUUCCACAAAUACGCCAAGAUCAAAUGAACCGCUCACUCUUAGUUGCAAAAUUCAUUCUUAUUAUCCGGAAACCCUUGAAGUCUGUUGGACUAAUGAUGAUGGAAUUGUAGACAGUUCCUUUUCAACUCCACCCACAAAAGGUACUGAUGGGCUUUACUUUUGCAUCAGCAAGAUCCACUAUUGCCCCCAAGUGGAAGAUUCUGGAAAGAGGUUUGUCUGCAGAGCUAAGCUUCAAGGACCACAAGAAUAUAAAGAAUCUGUAUGGCAGAUGAACCCUGUGGUUGUGGCCCCCAAAGUUGACAAAAUUGAAUGUAAGCCCCCUGUUCCUGAGUGUGGGAAACCCGUCACAUUGAGUUGCUUACUGACAGAAUACCAUCCACCUGAGUGUGACAUUUAUUGGAGAAAGGGCUUUGAAGAGCUCUUAGGUGCUGAAGUUAAAACAGGGGAGCCACAGUUGGACAGAAUGUCAAAGCUGUACUCCAGGACAAGUGAAAUAACCUUCACACCCAGCGCAGAAGACAAUGAAAUGGAAUUCUUUGUUGAAAUAAAUCAUUGCAAGGAAAUUGUACGGAAGGGAUAUAAAGUCAUGCUGAAAGAUUUUCCCAAACUUUCAAAUAUUGUUAUUGAACCAAGUGAUGCAGAUUAUGGACAAAGUGUAAAUUUAACUUGUGAUGUCACAGAUUUCAAGCCUAAAAAAAUUGGCACACAGUGGCUCCUGGGCGAUAAUUCACUAAAGAAAGGUGUGGUCACAGAGGAUAUAGACAUGGACCCUAGUGGUUGUUGCAAAUUAACUUCUGUGCUUGAACUAAGAGCUUCCGCUUCAGUUUGUAAUAAGACUGUUUGUUUCAAGGUGAACCACGCAAGAUUGACAAAGCCUAUUACAAGAGAAGUGUAUUUAAAACUUCCAGUCAAACGGCCUGUUUUGACUGAAAUAAAGGCGAGCCGAGAUCAUCAGAAUAUCCGCCUGGAAAUUUCUAUAUCACAGUUUGCACCUCGUGAUAUACAAGUCAGAUGGUACCAAGACUUGAGACAAAUAUCUGAAAAUUUCAAUCCCAGGAAUAUUGAGAUUGGAGAAGAUCACUUAUGUUAUUUUGUUAGUAAAAUAUACUUAAAUCCAAAAGAACUGCGCUUUGGGAAGACAAUACGAUGCGAAGUUAAACAUUCAACAUCUACUGAGGAAAAAAGCUUAACCCUGAACACAACAGAUUUCUCUGAUCUUGAGGAAACGCAACAUCAUCACCAUGAGUCAUAACCAUUAUGAACUCUUUCAAAAUAAGCUCUCUGCAGAUGCAAUAACAGUUGGAAAAUAAUUAUGUUUUGCUACUUUUCUCGCGACAAAGUAAUACUUCAAAAAAUUCCUAUCUUGGCUCAACCACACAGCUGAUAUCAAAGGUCUCUGAAAUCAACUCUAGCCAUUCCACUCACUGCUUUUGCUCAGGGAUGGCAGAUGUGAGUAUAUUGAAAGCCCAGGUGGCACCUUUCCAGAAAAGGAAGAACCUACAAACAUCUACAAGACCAAAGUGAAGACUAUUCUAGCCAUCCUUUGGAUAAAAUUGUUUGAAUUGCUGUUUGAAUUCAGUCUGAGUUAGACUUCAGCUGCGCAAAAUUCUUGGACUGGGAUUAAUGUAGUUAAGUGAGAAGAGUUUGAACCCGUUAAAUGCAGUGGCUGAAGGAAAGCAGUUGAGCUUUUCCAGCAGAUCAGGGUGAGCUGCAGGUGACGUGAAGCAUUGCUGCUCUGAAAUAUUUCAUACUGAGAAAAAGAAUUCACAAUGGAAGGUGACAGAUUGGGAAUCCAAUUAUAUAAAAUAUCCAUGUGGUGAUUUCUGAGGAGCAAUUAAUUUGGCUUUGUUAUCAAUAAUUAAUCUGUUUAAUGUUGAAUGAAGGAUUUUAGUCAAUUUUAAAUUUAAAAGUUUAAUGAAGGAGGUGGGAGUUUCGGAUUAUUUUCCUCAACCUCCUUAUUCAUUCGCAUGUGCUUGUUUAUUCCACCUUAGUCGUGUUGUGAGUCGGAAGUCCAUCAAGAGACAGCUGCUGGAAUGCCUCCUGUGUGAUGAGGGCUCCUCUGAGAGAGGCCAUGUCUUUAGGACAUACCAAAGUGUUUACUCACUCCACUGCCUUGAGCAACCCUGCUCCUAUUACACCAACUCUGGAUUCUUUGCAUUUGGAACCUGUGAAACGACAAGGGACUGUCUAGCCUGGGGGCUUCUAACAUAUGCUACCUUUAACAGAAGCAAGAAUAUAAGCAAGAAAACUUAACUUGGAUGAGGCAAAUAAACUGGGCGUCUCACUUCCUCUUAUUUGUGUUAACGUUUCAGUCAAUUCCUCCUCCCUGGACUAAACUGUCAGCUCUUUGUCAUGUGGUUGUUAUUGUGUCACAUAAUUUGAUGCAGAAGGCUGUUGAAUCAUGUGAUAUUCUCAAUGUUCUACCUAAUAAAAGAGGCACCAUA